GAAUAAUCACAGAAAUAUGGCGCUGAACUCAUACUGUCGACAGUUUUCUGCACAGAUAGCUCGCAUAAAGCAUUGUGUGAGCGACUGUGCGAAAAAUGUAUCCGUAUCCAAUUUAUCUCUUCCAAGAAUCAAAGAGCUGCAGCGGCCGACUAGCUUGUUUAUGCCAUCGAGCCGCUUUCAAAGCAACUGGCACAGGAGAAGGUCAUGGCAUUGCGGCGUUAAUGCCCCAUGCAUCGGUGUGAACCGUCACACAAACGCAGCUGCCUUUAGCAAGUGGAGUUUUGCAGCAUGGGGUGCAAUUGCAUUUUCACUUUUUGGAAGCUCUGACGAGAGGACAGAGGAACAAAAGCUUGAAGAUGAGCUUAUUCUACUCCUGAAGAAAGCCAAGUACAGCAUGAUGAUUGGGGAACUGGAUGCAGCCAAUGUUUUUUUACACAAAGCCGUUCGACUCGCACACCAGAUGCACAAUAAUGAUGCCAUCAUAUACACAUACAGCCUGAUGGCGAAUCUUGCCUUUGUUCAAGGUCAGCUGGAUAAUGCUGAGAAACUGUUCAAAGCAGCCAUGAGUUUCAUGUUGUCUGGAGGAAUGCCACAGGAUGACAAUGCAGUGAUUGAAAUGUCGCUGAAGCUGGCCAGCAUAUACGCAUCUCAAAACAAGAACGAGUUGGCAGAGCAUGGCUUCCAGUUCUGCACAGAGUCUUUAGAGUCCAAGAUUGAGAAAGACAAGGAUCUUCCACCAGAAAGCCUGUCAGAUGAGAAGCGUAAAGACACCAGGUUGCUGCUGGGUCUUAGUCUGGAUGCAAGGGCUCGUUAUUUGGCAUCUAAUCGUCGUUUCACAGGGGCCUGCAGGGAUUACCGGCAUUCCCUGCAGAUCUGCAUGGAGGAGCAAGGAGAGUCCCACCCACAGACCUUGGUUCUUAUGAGUGACCUGGCAAGUGUGUUGGACCUGCAAGGGAAGCAUGAUGAGGCGCUGGUUCAUGUGAAGAGGGCUGUUGAGCUUGGACGGGCAGCGGGCCAUCCUGAUCAGCAUGUGCUGUUAGGAAAUAUGGCAGGAAUUCUGAUGCACAAAGGAGAGUUUGAGGAGUCUGGUAAACUGUAUCAGGAAGCUUUGGCCCUGGCACAUGCUGCUGGAGAUGGAGAGGCUGUUGAGCAACUUCAGGAGGGACUGAAAGAACUGGCCAACAGGAAAGACGGGCAAACCGAGAGCAAUACUGUGAAACAGGAGCUUAAGGAAUGAUCUAAAUACAGUGCCUGCGCACACACACACUCGUAUUAUAUUCUUCCAUAGAACUUAUCGUUAGAACAAGUUGGUCAUACCUGUGGAAGAAUGGCAUUGUUUGGACCUUACUAUUCACUGGUUGCCAUUUCACAUGUUUUCCACCCUUGUGUGCCCACAUUCAAUAGUACACAACAUACAAUGUCUGGUGCUCCUUUUAUGCCUUAGCUGCCAUCAGACUUGUUUUGUAGUCUUACUCUUAAAUGUACUUAUUUAUUUGUGUUUGUAAAUGGCUUCUCUGUAAAACAGAAUCCGGGAAGUUAAUGAGGACCGAUAACUAAGAAAUGUUCUUUAACUGAGGGCAGCUCAUAAUUGGUCUAAUGAUAUUAUGUGCAGUGGAACAUUUUCAUGUAAAAAAAAAACUUAUUUGAAGCCAACCUGUUGCGUUAAGUGUUUGAUGUAAAAAGUGAUUUGAUAAACCUGUGAACGAAAAUGAUUUGUGUUGUGUUGAAUUGGUCAAUAUACCAUAAAGAUUAUCUA